AUGGCAGAACGCAGCGUCACUUCACAGCUCGACCAGCUCCUCCAAGGGCGCAACACGACAUGGUACAAGGGAAGGCUGGGCCUGCUCAAUCUCAUCGUGGCAUUCCUCUGUCUCACGCAGGCGAACAACGGGUUUGAUGGCUCGAUGAUGAACACCUUGCAAACGGUUCCAGCAUGGCGCGACUACUUUGGCAGCCCGGCAGGGGCCACACUCGGCCUCUUCAACGCUAUCCAGACGAUCGGCGGUAUCCCCGGUCUUCUCCUCUCGCCCUACCUCGCAGACUGGCAGGGGCGUCGACGGUGCCUCUUCUUCGGUCUCUGCAUCAUGCAGGCUGGAGCGAUCCUGCAGACUGCUUCCCAGUCGGUAGGCAUGUUUAUCGCCGCUCGUGGUCUCCUCGGCUUUGGUCUCUCGUUCGCCGGUCUCGCCUCGCCUUUGCUCAUCGGUGAGAUCGCCUACCCUUCUCACCGAGGGACAUGUACCGCCUUCUUUGGGGUCAACUACAGUCUUGGCGCCAUCAUCGCAGCAUGGGUCACCUUUGGCACAUUCCGCAUAGAGAGCACCUGGAGCUGGCGCAUCCCGUCCCUCCUGCAAGGUCUACCCGCCCUUAUCCAGAUGUGCUUCAUCUUCUUCUGCCCCGAGUCGCCUCGAUGGCUGUGCAACAAGGGGCGCGACGAGGAGGCGAUCCGCAUCCUCGCUAAAUGGCACGCCGACGGGGACGUCGACGACCCGCUCGUCACCUACGAGUACCAGGAGAUCAAGUAUGCACUCCAGAUCGAGCGGGAGGCCAAGGACUCGACAUCGUACCGCUCGAUCUUGGCGACCAAGGGGAAUCGGAAGCGGCUGUUUGUCGUCAUCGCUAUCGGCUUCUUCUCUCAAUGGUCUGGAAACGGUCUCGUAUCCUACUAUCUCAACCUGGUCCUGAACGGUGUAGGCAUCCGUGACCCCUUCUCGCAAACCCUCUUCAACGGCAUCCUUACCAUCGUCAACUACUUUUGGGCUAUCCUUGGUGCCUUCAUGGUGGAUCGUGCGGGGAGGCGGACAUUGUUCCUCGUGUCCACGGGCGGAAUGUGCCUCUCCUACGUCUUCUGGACAAUCUGCAGCGCCAUCUACUCGCAAUCCGCAACCAACCUCGACGCGGCGGGCAACCCGAUCGGCGCAAACGACGCGGCCGGCCGAGGUGUUCUCGCCUUCAUCUUCGUCUACUAUGCGUUCUACAAUAUCGCCUUUGCCCCUCUUCUCGCGCUGUACACGAUCGAGAUCACGCCAUUUCGCACGCGGGCAAAGUACAUCACCAUCGGAUCUCUUUCCAUCAACUGCGCACUGGUCUUUAACCAGUACGUUAACAGCAUCGCCAUCGGCGUUUUGGGCUGGAGAUACUACAUCGUCUACUGCUGCUGGCUGGCGUUUGAGUUCGUGGUGCUCUACUUCUCGAUCAUCGAGACUGUGGGCAAGAACGGGCCGCUUCCGCUCGAAGUCACCAACUUCCUCUUUGACGGCGACGACAAGGCGGCCCGCCUGGAACAGCACGGUCGAGAUGCGGCGCUCGCGGGCGGGACUGUGCCCGAUGGGGACAGCAAGGACGAGGAGGCGUUGGGGAUGCCAAACAAGGUUGGGGCGGAGGAUCAGCAUGUGGAGCAUGUGCCUGCGGCGGGCAAGUAG